CUUUUUUCAAUUGUCUCUUUAUUUUCACCAUCUUCCUAUCUUCCAGCCUUCUUAAUACCCACUCAUCUCUAACAACAACAUUAUCAGCACACCGUCACAAUGGGCGACGCAUCGAUCGAAUCCCCCGAAUGGCGCAAGGUCGAGGUCGGCCGUAUCGUCCUCGUCCAGGGCAACGGCCCUUACGCCGGUAGACUGGCUGCUAUCGUCGAGAUCAUCGACCACAAGCGCGCUCUGGUUGAUGGACCUUCGUCAGACCCUAAGCUGGUCGUUCCCCGACAAGCCAUCUCUUUCGCUGAUGUGCUCCUGUCCGACCUGAAGAUUGCGAAGCUACCGCGCGCCGUCCGAACAGGAACCCUGCAGAACGCAUGGGCGAAGGCCGAGAUCGACGGCAAGUGGAAGGAGAGCAAGUGGGCCAAGCGAAAGGACCAGACGGAGCGAAGAAGGGCGCUCACCGACUUCGACCGAUUCAAGGUCAUGCGACUCAAGAAGCAACGACGAUUCGAAGAGCGAAAGGCCCUGGCCAAGGUCAAGGCAUCCGCAUGAACGGCAAUAGGAGCAUGAAGGGGGGCGGAAUGGUCGAUUCUGUUACAACGGUCUCUUUCAGCUGGAGAGGAAGGUAGUCUACGGAUCUGGUCUGCAUGAAAUGACACAUUGGCAU